AUGGUCACCGAAGCGCAACUCAAGCCCUGGCUGCGGCCCAAUCGGAAGAGCUACAUCUUGACAAAUGCCAGCAUCGUCGACGUGGCCAACGGCUCAAUUCGCAAGAACGCAGCGGUCAAGAUCAAAGACGGCCUCAUCAUCUCGGUCGAAGAUACCCCUGACCUCACCUCCGAUGCCCAGAAUGAAGGUUUCCAGGUCAUCGACUGCCAGGGCAAGUUCCUGAGUCCGGGGCUCAUUGAUUCGCACGUCCAUAUCAUGGCUGUCCCAGGCUUCGGCGAUCUCUCCAAGGCAUUUGGAAACCCCAACGAUGUCUCGGUGCUCCGUCAGCCGUAUGUAUGCGCCCAGAUGCUGUACCGUGGUUUCACUACAGUACGGGACUGUGGCGGCGCCCUUCUAGCGCUGAAGGAGGCCAUCGAGGACGGUGUGUUCCCGGGUCCGCGGCUCUUCAUCGCAGGUCAUGCGCUCUCCCAGUCCGGAGGACACGCAGACUACCGCGGGCCUCACGACGACAGCAUGUGCUGCGGCGGUACUACUACUGGCUUGGGGAGGAUAGCAAAUGGAAUACCCGAGUGUAUGCAAGCAGUCAGAGAGGAAAUCCGGACUGGUGCGGACUUCAUCAAGAUCAUGGGCUCGGGUGGGGUGUCAAGUCCGACGGACAAAAUCGACCACCUCCAAUUUACAGGGUCCGAGAUCAGGGCUAUGGUAGAGUGUGCCGCGAAUGCAGGGACGUACGUUACUGCACACGCCUAUACAUCCCAGGCGAUACGGCACUGUAUUGAGAAUGGAGCCAGGGGUAUCGAGCACGGGAAUUUCAUCGACGAGUUCACGGCCAAAAUGAUGGCGGAGAAGGGCUGCUUCUUGACACCGACCCUCGUCACGUAUGCUGAGAUGGCGUCGCCCAAGUGGAAAGGGUAUCUGCCUCCAGAGUCUGUCUCAAAGAACGAGGCGGUGUUGCAAGCCGGGCUGCAGGCGCUCAAGAUUGCCUCAGAUGCCGGGGUGACCAUCUGCUACGGCACGGACCUCCUUGGGCCCCUGGGAACAGCGCAAACGUAUGAAUUUGCCUUGCGGUCGAGAGUCCUGUCACCAUUGGCCGUGCUGCAGAGCGCUACCAUCAACCCCGCUCGUCUAAUCAGACGGGAAGAUUCGCUGGGUCAGAUUAAACCCGGUUUCGAGGCAGAUAUCUUGAUUCUGGCGUCGAAUCCGCUGGAUGAUAUCACAGUGUUCGACGACCCCGAGAGGAAUGUCCUGGCCGUAUUCAAGGAGGGAAGAAUACAGAAAAGCAGAUUGGAAGUCGUCAUUGAAGAUGCUGUUGCACCAACUGGACUUCAAUACUCUAGCACUGUCAUAGAAGAGGAACCCCCGCCAGAGCUGCCUCUACCCUCAUCCGGCACCCUUGAUAUCUUUCUCGGAAUUGCAUAUGCACAACCACCAAUCGGUAGUUUGCGCUUCAGAGAGCCGCAGUCGCUCAAUGAGACAUGGAAGGGUACCAAACUUGUUGUCAACUACUCGUCUGUUUGUAUGCAAUACACGACUGCCCCGACGUAUGCACCUAUGUCUGAAGAUUGCCUGACACUCAACGUGAUCCGACCGAGCUCUGCCGCUAUGAAUGGGCCCAAACUCCCAGUUGCCGUCUGGAUUCAUGGAGGCGGGCUAUACAGCGGCGGUUCCGCAGAUCCAUCUACGAACCUCACCAACUUUGUCCACCAGUCCGAACUGGCAGGGAAACCCGUCAUAGCUGUGUCUCUCAACUAUCGCCUCUCAGCGUUCGGCUUCUUAUGGGGCGGCGACGAAGUAGGCACUGCAAACAACGGCCUCCGUGAUCAGCGCCUCGCACUCCACUGGAUCCAAGAAAACACCGCGGCAUUCGGUGGAGAUCCAAGCAAGGUAACCAUCUGGGGCGAAAGCUCCGGUGCUCUGUCUGUAGGCAAGCAUCUCAUUGCGUACGGCGGGCGUGAGGACGGUCUCUUCAGGGGAGCUAUCCUGGAAUCCGGCGGUAUGGCUGAGAAGUGGCCUUACAAUGUCGCCAACGCCACAGCGUACACCGAAGCUCUGUAUCGAAACCUGACUGACGCAACGGGUUGUGCCACAAAAGGGAGCCCGCUCGGGUGUUUACGCAGUCUGCCGCUCGAGGAUCUCUCGGCGGCAUUGAACAUUACCGAUACACCCGUCUACCCUGGCUCUGGGCUCGGACCUUGGUUGACCGUCGUAGAUGGCGACUUCCUGCAAGAUGGGCCAAUCGAGUCCUUGGCCGCCGGCCACUUCAACUCAAACGUCACGAUCAUGUACACCACUCUGACCGACGAGGCUACCGUCUUUCUGUUUGGGCCUCCCGUCAACACGGACGAAGACUUUGCGACCGCGAUAGCCACGGCGGGUGCAGAUGAGGAGGCAGUCACCAACAUUCUCGAGCUGUACCCAAACGAUAAUGCCCUUGGUCUCCCAGUCGGUUACAGCCCUCCAGCGAACGACUCGACUUUCGGUUUACAGUACAAGCGCGCAGUGACCUUUUUUACAGAUGCGGUCGAGACAGCGUCACGCCGGUUGACAGUUGAGGCGUGGGCUGCUGCCGGGGGUUCUGCGUACUCAGGGCGGCUGAACCUCAUCCCACUGGGCACAAGCUCUGCGCUAGGAGCACAUCACGCCGCUGAGCUUGCUUUUGUCUUCAACAAUGUUGAUGGUGCUGCAUAUGAUGAUAAACAGCUGCAAGAGGCGUCUCUGCUCAUGAGUAGAAUAUGGGCUUCCUUCGUGACUGACCUGGACCCUAACAAUCAUAACUUGCCAGGCUAUCCGGUGUGGCCAGUAUGGAACACAGCCAAUGCCAACCGCGUAGGUACCAACUUCGUCAUCGAUGCAGAUGGCACCAACAGCAGCCGGACACAUACCGAACUCGAUGAUUACAGGUUAGAUGGGACCAAGUAUAUCAACAGUAUAUGGCGGAAUCAGCUGAACUAUUGA